CUGUUAAACCGGAAAAAGUUUUGUUGUUUCGUGUCUGCUAGUCUAUCUCUGUGUCUGAACGGUGAGAACUAAAGUAGAUCUAGAUCUAGAAUAGAUCUAACAAAUUAGAUUAUUUUAAAACCCAACAAAUAGAUCUAGAUCUAUAGAUCAUCAUUUUCGUCAUUUUCUUAGCAUUUAAUAUUAGAUCUAAAUUAAUGGCAUCCAGAGGUGGUUACAGACCUGAAGGCUCAGAUGGCAGCGAUCACUGGCACAGAGAAAGCAUUGCUUGGCAGUAUAAGAUAAGCUCCAUAAAUAAAGGUAGACUGAGAUUAGCAUUGUUCUUUCAUUUGCUGUUGGGGCUGUUCAUGUUUUUUCGGCUGUUACCUGGAAUCACAGGAGCACUCGGAUUCGCUGUCAUCAGUCUUCGGCGCCUUGAUUUACCACACCCUCGUCCUUGGGAGUAUGCAUGGCUAGUUAGCCUUGUCGCAGCUGUGAUAGGCUGGAGGUCAACUCCACAAAACAACAUAUUUCUUCUAAAGCAGUUCAUGUUAGGAUUAGUUGUUUUUGGGCUGUCUCCAGUCUUCUUUGGUCUUUUCGACUUGAAAAGGGACAUUAUGCUGUAUUUGCAGGAGAGGAAGUACACUUAUGAAAUGUUUGGAUUCCCUGCUGUGUUACUGUGGACUGCUUUUAUGCUCAUAGCCCUUCAGCUACAUAGUUUCUCCCUGUAUUUUAGUUAUGUCCUUCUCGGAUCAUGGAAGCCCAGAGUUUUGGAAAAGCUUAAGGCCAGAUAAGCUAGAUAGUAGAAGUAGAUAAUUUAUUUAAUGAAAUAAUGAUCCACCAAAAAAAAAAUCAGUUUAGUAGCUUAAAAUUGUCCAAAUAUAAAUUAUUGCAUUUCUUUUUUUUUUAAUUUUUAAAUAGUAUUUAAAAUUAAGAACUGCUUCUAGGGGAGCAACAUAUAUUGGUUCAUUGUUGUUGUUUUUUAAACCUGUAGAAUCAUUUGAAGAAAUUGUUUAAUUAUAUUAAUUUAAUUUGCAAUGUAUUUUUUUUUUUAUUAAUGUUUUUGUUAGGUUGAACUAGUGACAAAUUAGAUCCUUUUUAUAGAAAUAUUUCUUUCUAAAAAUAUGAUUUGAAAAAUACAAAACUUAUCAUAACAAGUGCUUAGUUUGUCACAGAAUCCCAAACUUUUUCUUUGUAACUAUGAUAUAUGACAUCCACAGAAGUACCAUGAUGAUAUAUCUCCAUAAAAUGUUUAUUGGGGUGGGUGUGUGGAAAGAAUGUCAUGUUUUAUUAUAGGUUAAACAUAAAGGGAGUUAGAAGAUUAGCAAAUAACUAUCUGGUUUGUAGUGGUGUAGAUCUCUAGUACCUGCAU